UUUUUGAAAUCUGAAAAUAAAUUCGAAAUAUUUAAUCCAUAAAUUAUUGAAAGGAAAAAAUAUUAUAUCUGAAAUUCUGGUACAAACGAGAGAGAGUCUUGUGCUUCUGCCACCAAAAUCUGUGCUUGCAGAACGAAAAAAGCUUGCUUUCCGCCAUUUGAAGCGACCCAUUUGAGAGGAAUAACUGAUGCAUAUUGAAGCUGCUUCACACAACAAUGGCGAAUCUGGUUCCCGGCGUCCUUCUCAAGCUCCUUCAGCAUAUGAACACAGAUGUCAAAGUCGCCGGCGAGCACCGCUCCUCACUGCUUCAGGUGGUCAGCAUCGUGCCGGCGCUGGCCGGCGGAGAACUCUUCCCCAACCAGGGGUUCUACCUUAAAGUCUCCGAUUCGUCGCAUGCUACCUACGUGUCGCUACCUGAUGAACACGACGAUCUCAUCCUGAGCGACAAGAUUCAGUUAGGGCAGUUCGUGUUCGUUGAUCGGUUGGAGAAUGCUUCACCGGUUCCCAUUCUUCGUGGCGUGAGACCUGUCCCUGGUAGACACCCUUGUGUUGGAACCCCUCAAGACAUUGUUGCCACUCACCAACUCGGUUUUCUUGAUAGCAAUGACAAGAACAAGGACAAAGACAAAGACAAGAACAGUGUUUCUUCUGUUUCUACCAUUGACUUUGAGAGAUCCAAGUCUCCGAGGAAAAUUCCUGUGAAGGAUAAUAAGGAUAAGGAGAAGGAGAAGAAGAGUAAGGAGAAAGAGAGAUCAAAUGUUGGUGGUUUUGAUAGGAGUAAUAGGUCUUUGUCUCAAACAACUAAGCCACCACCAUUAAAGGUUGAUGUGAAGAGGGAAUCUUUGUCUAGAUUGAGGUCUUUGAAUUCGAGGUCGAUUCCUUCCUCGCCUAGCAGCUGCUAUUCAUUGCCAAGCUCCUUUGAGAAGUUUGCCAAUGGAGUGAAGCAGCACCAGCAGGCGAAGGCCAAGAAGGUGGGAGUGGUGGAGGCAGGGAAGAAGGCUUCCCCUGCUGUAAAGAAGGAGUCUUUGGUGGUGAAUCCAAUAAGGAAUUUGGUGCAAGGGAUUGGAUUGGGGGCGAAGGCGCUGCGCAAGAGCUGGGAAGGGACUAUGGAGGUUAAGACGAAAGAGUCUUCACCUAAACCCCGGCCUGCAAAGUUUGAUCCCAAGUCGGAUGCUCGAAGUUCAGUUAGUACUCCUAGGAGAAGUACUUCGAGUGACAAGUUGCCGUCUAAAGUGGAGAGCAGGAUCCAAGCUCCGGCGAAGCCAUCUAAGGAAGAACAUAAGAGUCAAGUGUCUGUGAAGAAGGCCAGUGCUAAUGGAACUGUUGAGGAGCAAGAGAAAUCAAGUAGGCUAAGAACUUCCAACGGAAAGAAGGCAGCCGAUAUUUCUAGCAGUGGAUUGCCAGGAAACCUGGUUAGAGUUCCUGUAAAUAGUAGAAGAGUGACGGAUGCAAGUGUUCAGUGGUCGUCGCUCCCAUCAUCUAUUUCAAAGCUUGGAAGGGAAGUAAUGAAGCACAGAGAUGCAGCGCAGAUGGCAGCAACUGAGGCUAUGCAAGAGGCUGCUGCUGCAGAUAGUUUGCUGCACUGCCUAAGUAUGUAUGUGGAGCUAACUAAUUCUUCUAAGGAACACAACCCACAACCAGCAGUAGAGCAGUUUUUAGUUCUUCAUGCUAGCCUGAAUAGCACCCGAACAAUUGCUGAAUCCUUAUCUAAACCUGUUCUAGACUGUUCGUCUCCUGAUUAUGAAAGGAUCACAGCAGAAGAAGCACUAAAAGUGAAAUCAGAGAGACAGAAACAUGCUGCUUCAUGGGUCCAGGCAGCCCUCGCCACCAACCUAUCAUCUUUCGCUGUUUUUGUGAAAGACCCUCAAUCAUCCAAGCUUCCAGCUUCAAGUAAUUCUCAAAAUCAAAAAACUGUUUUAGGAAGUCAACACAUGCUAAUCCUACAAAAUUCGAGCGAAGAUGCUUCAUCUAAAGCCCCUGUAAAGCAUCGUCUAACAGCUAACUCGAAGCAUACCUCACAAGGAACUACUCGCAGACCAGGUGAUGGGUUAGCAACAGGGCAGAAGCAACCAGUCCAACCGCUCCCAGAUUGGUUUAGAGGAAAUGGCCUUGGUGAGGUGGUCAAUUUGACUGAAAUGCUGCUACAACAGUCCCGAGACUGGUUUUUGGGAUUUGUUGAGAGGUUCUUGGACUCUGAUGGGGAUGCUAUCCUGUCAGAUAAUGGCCAAAUAGCAGGUAUGCUCACUCAACUAAAGAGUGUAAAUGAUUGGUUAGAUGAGAUAGGGUCGAGCAAAGAUGAGGAAGAAGCGAUAUCACCAGACACAAUCGAUCGACUGAGGAAGAAAAUAUACGAAUAUCUUCUUACACACGUUGAAUCUGCCGCGGCUGCACUCAGUGGUGGAUCACAAUCAUCGCCUCCGUUGCAAACAACAGAGGCUAAAGCCAAAAGGUGAAUGAGUACAUAGUUUGGUAUUUAAGGGUGCAAUAGACUCCACUCUUUGUUUGUACAUAAAUCCUAUAUGGGGUUUGAGGUAUAGAUUGACUGCUAAUUAUUUGUUAGGGAAGGUAGCAAAUGUGAUUUGUGAUUUUUUUUUCUUUCAUUUUUUCCUCUGAAUAUAAUUAUACGAAGUGAAACAUUGGAGGAUAUAGGCAGAGAGAUAAUCUUUCCUAAUCACUUGCCUUCAAUGUGUUCUUGUAAAACUAAUUCCUGAAUUCUUUUUGGCUCCAUUUUCACCUCUAUAUCAAACUCACCCCUUAGAUUCACUAUAA